GAUGCUGCGGAGAUAAUAGAGCGCCGUACUCAGUCCAGAGCCUCCGGGGGGAGGCCAAGAAGCUAACGAAUGCUGUGACACACCUUCGGACUACUAUUUGAACGCCAGAACGACGACCGCAUCGGUGUACUGUGUGUAGUGGUAAAGGUAGGAGUGAAUUCUCGCCGGUGAUCCAAACCCGUCGCUGAGUCGCUUCCAGCCGCGGAAGAGUGAUCGCGAGUAGUAGUACCAGCGGUCCUAGCACUCUGCUUAGUGAAUCGGUCACACGGCCAGCCAGAGUAAGGUCUGCUGGACCACGACGACGACGACGACGAACGGUGUCUGGUGCAGUCUUAUCGGACGGGCCCAACAAGGAACGGUGCGUUGUAGUAGCGUGAACCUCGAGAACUCCGAGGGAAGUUCGAGAGUUGUUGCGAUCGAUCGACGUUGUGGAGUGCGAUUGUGGCUAGAACGCGUAUGUGCGUGCGUACGUUCGUGCGUGGUGUGCGAUUGUGAGUGUAUAGUGUCGGUGUCCCCCGGUGUUGUUGUCCCCCGAAUCUUCCGUCGGGGGUUUCCACGGGCGUGGUGCUGUUACUGUUGCUGCCGUUGCCUUUGGUUGCAGGGGCGCACCGUGUUUGUGUGUUUUUGCUGCUGCGUACCGUGUUGUCUGUUGUGAGUCAGGUCUUAUCAGCCGUCGGCAGCAGGCAGGCAGACAGAGCAGAGCAGACAGCGCAGCAAUCAGCAAUCGAAGUGACAUAUUAAGCCAUCGAAGCACACGCACCAAGAACGGAGAAGUGAAGAGAAAGAGAGAAAGAGUAGCGAAAGAAGCAGAAGAAGAAACGGGGUUCCGCAACCGAUCCGUCCUGUCGAUCGGUGUUGAUCGGUUAUUCGACUUUUCGCCAAACAGUUCUUCGGGGUGUUUUCCGUUAUCCGAAACCCCUGCGCCCGGUCGUGGGCUCACAUUACUGCUGGUUGUGCAAGCGCCUCCCAAGCUCCUCCCAAGGCCUGAGGUCUACACAGAGAGUUAUACUGGUCCGUGGGAAAUUGGAAUUUUUGCUUGUUUGUGCCGCGCUAUCGCCGAUGCCGCCGGUGGCGCCAAGAGUGGUGUCGACCAUCGCAUUAUCGCUGACCUAGCCACAGACACAGCAGCCGCCAGAAGUUGCCAGAUUCGCCAUACGCAAUCCGAUUGAUCCCCUCGAAAGGAGGUGAAUCCGUGGACCGUGUAUUAUUGUGUGUUUGUGUGUGUGUCAGCACAGAGGAUCAGCUGCGAUCAGCUGGUCCAAGAUUCGUGAGAGACGAUUCGUUUCUGCGUAAAAACAUGAGCAGCGUGACCAGCAACUAGAACCGUUCGAACGUGUGUGUGUGCGUGUGUGUGUGUGCAACAGGGUGCAUCCACAGCAACAACAACCCGGGUCAGGAACGAUCAGAGCGCGGAAAGCGCGGAUUUUGAAAUCGAGAAGACUCCCUCUCUCGCUUGUCUCCUCCCUGGUCCCGCCGGUGGCCCAGCCUCCCUUCCCUUCACCGAGCCAAUCAUGGCCACGCUGCUGUAUACGAUCAUCGGCAUGACGGCGAGCGCAUCGCUGAACUGUGCGGUGCGCCGCGAAAUCUCGCCCUGCACCUGCUCGCCCGGCUUCUUCGCCAACAACAUUGACGUCAAGUGCGAACAGAUGGAGUCGUUCGGGCAGGUCGUCAAUGCGCUGCAGGAUCGCUUCACCGAGGAUCACAACAUCUGGCUGACGAUCUCGCACUCGCAGCUGCUCGAUCUGGCCGCGCUGUCCUUCUGGGAGAUGAACAUGAACAUCAAAUCGCUCCGGAUAAACUAUGACAAUCUCAGCCAACUGCCGGUUUCGACGUUCCGCAAUCUACCCCGAUUGGAUCUGUUCAGUGCCGCGGACAACCUGCUGGAGGAGAUACCGCCGGACAUGUUCGAGCAGAUGCCGAACCUGGGCACGCUGGAUCUGGCACGCAGCCGCAUCCGUUACGUAUCCGGUGACACAUUUCAACAUCUGCAGAACCUUCGGCAUCUUAUCCUGGGUAGUAACCAACUGUCCCGGCUCGACACGGACGCACUCCCGAAGACGAUCCAAUCGCUGCAGUUGAGCGUGAACUCGCUACGCUCGCUAAACGGCAGCGUUCGGCACCUGGACGAGCUGAAGCUGCUGUUCGUCAACGAGAACAACCUGACGACGCUGGCCGGUGAGCUGCCGCGCGGUUCGCCCAACCUCAUCAUGAUCUCGGUUCACCACAACCGCCUCGAAGCGCUGCCAGUCGAGAUCCGCUACCUGAAGAACCUGGACCACCUGUCCAUCCAGAACAAUCGGCUCCGGUCGCUCGAUGGACUGCUGGCACGGGCCACUCACCUCACGAAGCUGAUCGCCAACGACAAUCUGAUCGAGGAGCUGCACCGGGAUGAAUUCCUCGAGGUCGAACGGAUGGAGGAGCUCAACCUGGCCGGCAACCGGCUAACGCACCUGAACGGUUCGCUGCUCCACUGCAAGGGUCUGAUCAAUGCGAACUUUAG